GGGCCAAACCCACCGCACACCUACUCAUAUCUUGGUUAUGCCAGACUUUCCCUCAGGCUACCAACUGACUCUAUUCAGCGCAGGACCCACUUGGGGGGUCGUGACGGUCUUGUCGAAAGUUGCUUUUUCUCUGCACGGGUGCAAAUGGAACUACAAGCAACUGUCUUUAUCGGAUCUCCCCAGAUGGAACCCCUCCCCCUGGGAACGCUCCCAGCCCGGCGUACGGAUGGGCGCUCUACGCAGCUUUCGCACCUCCAGCCAUGUUCUGAAUCAUGAAUCCCGGGGAACUGGGCCAGACUGUCAAUUCGAGCUGACACAGGAGCUUGAUCGGCCAAACUUUGACUGGAAUCCAGAGUUCGCAUUCCCCGGGAAGCAUUGGAGGGGGAGAGGGGGGAAGUUUGGAUGUCGAGACGAGGCGGUUGUGCGGAAGGGGCAGAACAAGUUAUCCGUGGUUGACCCAGAGCUCCCCGGCCCGAGUGUGGUACUGUACGUAGGGCUCUGAGGGCUCUGGUCCAAGGGGGGAGGAACACACUCAAACUCAACAAACUUAGAUCUCCGCCAAGCCAUCCUCCAACAGUUACGUG